UAAAAAAUAAACCCAUGGCCAUCGGAACCCCAGAAUCCUUACCGACGGUCCUCCACCUCUUCACCCUCAUCCUGCUUACAACGCCACAACCCUCCCACUCUCUUCCCAUCCCUACAACCUCCUUCCACUUCCUCUUCUCACUCUCUCAUUCUCUCCUCAGCCGUGUCGCCAACCUACGCGCCGCCCGUGGUGACAUUUCCGGCUCAAUCAGGGCUAGAUCCAUAGCCCAGAAGAUCGAGAAACAUAGCCAUGGGUUUAGCUUCUAUGGGGUCAUGUGGUCUGUUGGCUGGGAUUACUUGAAGAACUACGCAUGGCGAGAUGUAGGAAUGGCGUCGUUUGGUGCUGUGUCCGAUAUGAACGAGUUGAUGAGAGGUUUGAAUGAGUUGACUCGGUUGGAAUCGGAGGUAGAGCGAUUAGCGUGGGUGCGUCGGAAUUAUGGUAGUGUGCUUAAGGUGUCCAAGUCCCUGUUGAAUCGCUUACUUAAAGUGUUCAAUCAAUCGGGUCCAUUGAAGGAUGCAGUUGAGAUGGUAAGAACAGAAAUUGUGGAUGGUGGGUUGCUAAGGGACUGCCUUGAAUUGGGUAGCAGUGAUUUGAAGGGUGUGAUUCAAAUAUUAAAAGAUGUCGCUUCACAGUACUCGUCUACCAGCAGCAAGACCGAGUUAUGAGCAAGUAUCCUGCCUCACUUGUAUGUAAAGUGAACAUCUGAUACAUUUCCUUGGAUUAAAGGUUUAGUAUUUCCAACUUGUACAUUUUUUUUUUUGAAGUAUAUAAUAUUUAUAUACGGUAAAUAGAACAAAUAAACUCACCCACCCUCCUCACCUUUGGUGAGGUUUGAAC